AUGCCUUCCUUGGUGAUGCCGCCAAACUUGAAACAGAAAAAUGAUCACCUCUCGCCGGUCAAUCAGGCGCGACGUCUCUCAGUCAUUCGAGGUCCCUCGCAUCCUCCGCUGAUGAAUAUCACUUUAGGAGAGCUCACACGGAGACAAAGCCGAAAACAUGUAGAUAGAAUGGCAAUCGUUUCACAGCACCAAAACGAGGUCAUCUCGUAUUCACAGCUGCACGAGUACAGCGAUGAUUUGGCGGCUGGAAUGAUUUCUCAGGGUGUAGAACGAGGUGACCGAGUGGCGGUGAUGCUUGGGAAUCGCUCAGAAUACGUCUAUCUGCUUUUAGCAUGUGCAAAGAUAGGAGCAAUCAUUACGUUGUUGAACUAUGCCUAUUCUCACGCCGAAAUUAUUUCUGCUCUAUCGACCACAAGACCGAAACUGCUUUUUACCACUCUCGGGACAUACAAGUAUGACUAUCGACCCUGCCUAGCCCAACUAGAGCAACGAGUGGUUCCGUCCCUAAAAAUGGUAGUUCUUCUCCAUGAUAUCAGUGGAUUCUACCCACCCAAGGAUUCAUCCGCAUUUUUCGGUAGUUUCAAAAGACUGCUCGAGAUGGGAAGGAAGCAAAUAAUUGAUUGGGAGACCUUCGAGAAGAUGCUGAGGGAUACGGAUAUACUCAACCUCCAAUUCACGUCGGGAAGCACUGGUUCCCCCAAGGCAGCGGCACUUACGCAUCACGGCAUGUUGAACUGCGCUAGAUAUAUCGGGAUGAAAAUGAAUAUCAGGAUGACGGACAAGGUGGUCAUACCUGUUCCUCUAUUUCACGCGUUUGGUCUUAUUAUUGGUCUCUGUGCCAACCUCGUUCAGGGAACAGCUACUGUUUUGCCAUCAGAGUACUUUGAUGCUUCUUUGACUCUGAAUGCCGUCCAGAAAUACCAGUGUACAGGUCUCUAUGGAGUUACCACAAUGUUCAUUGACCAGCUCUCGCACCCUGACUUUACACAGACAGAAAGAUCGUCUCUAAGAUUUGGACUCAUGGCUGGCUCGGCAAUGCCAGAGGACUUGCUCCUCAGGGUCAUCAAAAAAUUCCCGAUUCGCGACAUUUACACAAAUUGGGGCAUGACGGAACUCUCAUCAAUUGCAACAAUGACCUCUGCAAACGAUCCCAUCUCGAAGAAACAGAAGACAGCAGGAAAAUUAUUGCCGAACUUGACUGCGAAGAUUGUAGCUCCCAACACGGGUAAUAUUUUGCCCUGGGGAGCUCGAGGCGAAAUCGUUGUCAGUGGGUUUAGCGUUAUGCAUUCAUAUUUCGAAGAUGUUGAGAGAACUAGGUGCAGUAUAAAGCAUCACACUGAGGAUAGACGAUGGAUGCACACUGGCGACGAAGGUUAUUUAGAUGAGGACGGGUACCUUGUCGUUACGGGUCGAAUCAAGGAUCUCAUAAUCCGAGGCGGUGAAAACAUAGCCCCAAUGGAGAUUGAAGAGAGGCUAUUCGAACAUCCUGCCAUUAAACAGGCAUGCGUGUUUGGUAUCCCAAAUGAAAGAUAUGGCGAAGUUGUCGCGGCCUUUUUAGAGCUUGAGGAUGGAAGCACAAGACCGGACGAUGAGAUAGUCCGAGAGUGGGUCCGAGGAGCAUUGUCAAGGUUUAAAGUUCCUGUACGGAUAUGGUGGCUUGGGGAUAUAGAAAAAGGAUGCCCUGUGGAGUGGCCGAAGACUGCGAAUGGGAAAUUGCGAAAGAAGGAUAUUCGAGAGAUUGGAGCGAGGCUGGCACAAAAAGGUGCUGGGACCGAUGAACCUCGCCCUAGAGAGAUGCUAUGA